CGAGGAAGAACAAUAAAAUUGAGAAAAUGGCUACAAUGAACAACAACCAAACCCAACAACAACGUUCAUUCGGAGGAAAUGGUGCUGCAUUCAACAGAGGAAAUGGUGGAGGAGGUUCCCGCAACGGUCCAAGUCCAAAUAGUUCUUAUCGAAAAAAUAACCGAAUUGAUGAUCAACAACAACAAAUGACUACAAACAACGCGACAUUUGGUCCCUACAACAAUUCCAAUAAUCAACAGCAACAUUCGGCUGCUUCAACAAGUGGAGGUCCUUCAUCUCGUCCUUAUCAAUCACAACAGCAAAACAAUAACGGCCAUCAUCAACGUCCACCGCCAUCAUUUCGUUCAGUCAGUAGAAGUGAAGGAGGGGGUGGAGGAGGUCAACAGCAACAACAACGUGGAAGAGUACAGACAGAUGUUUGGAGAAAAGGAGGAGGAAAUUCUUCAAAUUUCGGUGGUAAUUAUUCAAGAGAUGAAGAUAUUAGACCGAGAGGUGGUAGUAGUGGAGGAUUUUAUAAUCAACGUAGAAAUACUAAUGACAAUCGUUGGAUUAGAAGAAAUCAUCCUAAUGCUCCGCCGCCUUUGACUUUGGAACAGAGAAGGACGAGAGGACCUUUGCCUGAUUGGGAUGAGGUUCAAGAAGCUGGUGCUGAAGAAAGUUUUGAUUAUAUGGAUUUAAUGGAGACUCAAUAUUCGCAAUAUUAUGCCCUCACAGCUGUUCCACCAUUUGACCCUUCUUUGGGACAAAUAAUUGCUACAGCAAAUACUGGAGACCCUACUGGAGCUGCUACUGCUGCAAUGUUCCCAACUGUUUAUCAAACUGCUGCCUUAUUACAACCUAAUUAUCUUCAAAAUUUGCAGAGUCGUAUUGCUUUGGCUGCAGCUUUUCGUCCUGGGUUUAUGGCACAACCACAACAAGCUUCUCUUGUUACUUUGCAACCAGCACCUCAACAGGCAACAAUAACUCAAAUAAAUCAGCAACAACAAACUUCUCCUGAACUUAUUGCUCAUUCUGGUGGACCUUAUGUAAAUUAUGGGUCUUCUACUCCUAUGCAACAGCAACAAAUUAAUCCAAUAUCAUCACCGGUUACUCUUGUCACUACAACAGAUCAAAUUCCCGUUACUGCGGUAGCUUCUUCAGCCACUUCUUUUGUUGUUCCAGCCCAACCAGCUACUAUUAUUGCUGCUGCUCCAGUCACCCAAUUUUCUCCUCAAAAUGCAAUUUUUACAGCUCCAGCAGUUUUGCCUUAUAUUCCAAUUGUUGAUGAAUUUAAACUCAGGGAGUUGCUUCGUACUCAAAUUGAAUAUUAUUUCUCUUCUGAUAAUCUUCAAAAAGAUUUCUUUUUACGCCGUAAAAUGGAUGCAGAAGGUUUUUUGCCAUUAGAAUUAAUUGCUAGUUUUCCACGUGUUCGUUCACUUACAUAUGAUCAAUCUUUUAUUGUAAAGUGUUUACGUGGAAGUUUAAAAGUUGAAUUGAGCGUGGAUGAAUUGAAGAUUCGUCCUCGUGCAAAUCCUCACCAAUGGCCAUUGUUUGAAUCUGGAGCACAAUCUGGAACGGAAGCAUCGCCUGGUGGAGAUUAUGAUAAACGUCCAGAAUCUUUUGAUAAUGAAAUGCAAAAGGUUGAAAAUUUAAUUUUGGAAGAAGAAAAUAAUGCUAUAAGAAUGGAAAAGGAACAAGAAAUGGAAGAACAGGCUAAAGUUGAUGAGAAAGAAAGGAAGGAUGCUGCUCUUCUUCAAGUAAAUGAGAAGAAAAAUGAAGAAAAAAUAAAAGGGGAAGAAGAAGAAAAUUUAAAAACUUGUAAAUCUUUUGAUAAUGAAGAAAUGAAAGGUAAUAAAAAGAAAAUUGAUAUUGUGGAAAAGCCUGUUAAGGAAGAAGAUGUGAAAAUUGGUGGUGGAAAUGUGAAGGGAGGAAUUGAGAAGGAGGGUAUUGAAAAGAAGGAUGGGGAUACAACUGAAGCAAAGAGUUGUGUCAAACAACAACCACAAUUAACAGAUUCUAUUAAAACUUCUAGUCAUUUACCACCAAAUUCUGAUAAAAAUAUUAAUUUAACCAAAGAAGAAAAAGUUUUGUCAGAAAAAGAAAAUUUAGAAAAGGGAACGGAAUUUGAAGAAGACGAGGAAGAAGAAAAAUCAAAAGAUGGAGAUGGGGAAGAUGAAUCAGAAAGAAAUGAGGGGGAUGAUGAUUGGAUGGAAGUUAAAACAAAAAGAAAUAAAAGAAAAAAUCGUCCAACAAAUUUAAAUGGAGGAGGAGGAUGUGGAGGGAGACAACAACAACAAACAAAUAAUAAUUUGGGAACAAAUUCUGAACAAUUGGAUUUUAAAUUUGAUUCAGAAUUGGAUAAUGGUGGAGUAAAAGAAGUUGAAAAAGAAGUAGAUGAUUUGGAUGAUAAUUUGUGUAAUAAACUUAUAAUUGUUACUCAAACACCUCCACAAUAUAAAAGAAAAAUGUCUAAUAAAGAAAUUGAACAUAUUUUGAAGAAAGUUGAAGAGGAUCUGUGGGCUAAUAAAGCUAAAAAUGAUGCAAUUAGCAAUAAGCAUAAUGAGCAGAAUGAGAAAAAGGAGAUUAUUAAAAAUCCUAAUGCAAAUGUUUGGGUAAAAAAGGCAACUGAAAGAAUGGCUGCUAGUGCUUCUGUUCCUAAAAGUCCUCUCGCUGGAAGGCCUAAUGCUGAUAGAAUUUCACGUUUUUAUCCGGGCAUUUCUGUUGGUUGGGUACUUGGUGUUCGAUCUCGAACAACUUCAAGAAGUGAUGAAAAUGCAGCAGAUAUAAAGGAAAAUACUGGAAUACCAGCAUCUGCUUCUAAUUUUUUGAUGGUUCAUCCAUCUGUUUCUUUAUUACAAGAGAAUGGAUUUGAACAGCAGAUUUAUAGUGCUUGGAGAAGUCAAUGUAAAAAACAAAGAGAAGCCUUAGGUUAUGAUAAUCCUGAGAUGCAAACUCUUUAUCGUUUCUGGACACACUUUUUACGUGAAAAUUUUAAUUGUUCAAUGUAUAAUGAAUUUCGUAAAUUUGCUUUGGAUGAUGCGGAACAUGGGAUUCGCUAUGGAAUAGAUGCUUUAUUCCGUUUUUAUAGUUAUGGACUGGAAAAAAAGAUGCGUCCACAACUUUAUAAUGAUUUUCAGGACGUUACUCUACAAGAUAUUAAAUUGGGUAGAACUGUUGGUCUUCAAAAAUUUUUGCAUUUUAUUAAACACUGCAAAUACAGCAAUCAGUUGGCUAUUAAUCCUAUAAUUGCAAGGGAAUUGGCUAAAUUGCGAAAUGAUGAUCUUUAUAUAACUGAGCCUGCCCGUGCAGCAAAACGCGAACUUUUUGCAGAAACAAAUAAAGGUGCUAUGAGAAGAGGUGGAGGCGGGGAUGGAGGUGGGGGAGGAGGAGGUUCAAUAUCCUCUUUACCAGGAAAGUAG